CGUUGAGUCCGCGACGCGUCUUCCCACGCCUCUCACCACCAUCAUCUCCCGGCCCUCUCCUCGCACGACAGCGCCGGCCCGAGCUCGCUGCGUCCAUCCACCCCUGCCACUCGUCUCGCCGCUAGAGCGGCUGCACGUUGCCCAGCAUGAACAUCUUCCGCUUCUUCGGCGACCUGGCGCACCUGGCCAGCAUCGGCAUCCUGCUGCACAAGAUCACCAUCAGCCGCAGCUGCCGCGGCAUCUCCUUCAAGUCGCAGCUCCUCUACACGAUCGUCUUCUGCACGCGCUACCUCGACAUCUUCGGCGAAAGCUCGCUGUACCGCACGCUCAUGAAGCUCUUCUUCAUUGGCAGCAGCGUGUAUGUGCUGUAUCUCAUGCGCGUCAAGUACCGGCCAACGCACGAUCCCGCCAUCGACACGAUUCGCCUGGAGUAUCUCUGCGGACCCGCGGCCGUGCUCGCGCUGCUCUUCAACUACGGCUACACGUUCCUCGAGCUCACCUGGGCAUUCAGCAUCUACCUCGAGGCCGUCGCGAUCUUGCCGCAGCUCUUCAUGCUGCAGCGCACGGGCGAGGCAGAGACGAUCACCACGCACUACCUCUUCGCCCUGGGAGCGUACCGGGCACUGUACAUCCCCAACUGGAUCUACCGGUAUUUCACCGAGAACCAGGUGGACCCAAUCUCCGUCGUGUGCGGCCUGGUGCAGACGGGGCUGUACCUCGACUUCUUCUACAUCUACUUCACGAAGGUGAUGAAGGGCGAGAAGUUCGAGCUGCCAGCAUGAAGCGCUUCAGCUGGGCACGAGGAGCAGGGGGUGUAGAGCGCUGCUUGUGCGGCGCACGGCCUGGUCAAGCGUCAUCCGGAGAUGGUGAGGCGCGAAGACCCAGCAGAGUGCUGGCCGAUGAGAGGAGACGGGGAGAAGAUGCUCGAAAUCCGAUGGAUUUGCUCAGAUCGUGCG